CUCCCCCUUAUUCCUUCCUUCCCUCGAUUCCUCUUCUCUGCAGCAGCUUCACACUCCCACUCCCACUUCUCUCUCUACAAUCCAAACUCACUCUCUCCCUCUCUCUCUCCUCAUCACCAAUGCCGCCCACGCUCGCGCUCCUCCUCUUCCUCGCCCUCUCGGCGGUGGCCGCUGUCGGCGGCGCCGGCGACGUGCGGCGGGUGCUGCACGAGCCGCUGUUCCCCAUCGAGUGGACACCGCCGCCGUCCACGGCGUCGCCGUCGCCACCGUCCCCGGACUUCUCCUCCGACCCCUCCACGCCCGCCACCCCCGUGGACAACGGCGGCCCGGCGCUGCUCCCGCCGCCGCCGCCGAACACAGUCGCCGCCGACGUGUCGUCGUCGCGCAGCGGGCCGGACCCGCGGGCGCGCGGGGGAGGCGGCGGCGGCACGCCAAAGGCCGCCAUCGUGGUCGCCUCCGCCGCCGCCGCCGCGGUCCUCGCGCUGCUCGCCUUCGCGGCCGCGUUCCUCCUCACGGGCCGCCUGGCGCGCCACCCCGCCGCGGCCGCCGCCCAGGCGCACAAGCCGCCAGGCCACGCGCACGCUGGCGCUGGCUCCGUCGCGGGGGCGCACGCCGACGUGGCGGGCUGCUCGACGGCGGUCUCGCCGUACCGCAAGGUGCGCCCGGAGCGCGCGCGCCGUGGCAUGUGCCGUGACGUCGACACCGUCCCGAGCCCGGAGCUCCGGCCGCUCCCGCCGCUGCGGCGAGGUGCGUCCGCGCUGACGCAAGGAUCGUCCGACGAGGACGCGGCGUACUACACGCCUGGGCAGCGCUCGGCUGGCUCCGGUGGCGGUGGCGGCGGCGAGGGCGGCGGGACGUGGAGCGAGGCGAGCGCGUCCAGCCCGCGCACCACCACAGCCUCCCGCCGCAGCCUCCCCAGCCUCACCAGCGACUUCUUCCCCACGACGCCGGCCGCCGCGCCCGUGCCCGCGCCCGCCGCCGCUGCUCCCCCUCCUGCCCCACCCGCGCCACGCUCCCGUCGAACACCUCCUCGCACCCGCUUCUCCGCCGGCUCCGGCGCCGAAAUGAACAAACAGAUGGCCUCGCCACCCUCCAACCCACCACCCGCGCCGCCGCCGCCUCCACCACCACCAUCAAGAUUCAACAACACAACCCCAAAGCCUCCACCGCCGCCGCCGCCGCCGGAGCCACCAACUGGGCCAGUCUCUGCUCGCCGGCUGCUCAGACCGCUCCCAGCAGAGGGCCCCAGCAUUGUGAUACCCAGGGCGCCAGCAAUGGCGGUGACAAAGGACAACGACGCCACCGCCGCCACCAUGUCAGUGCGAACGCGGGGUGAAGCCGCCGGCGACGAGCCCCGGCCAAAGCUGAAGCCACUGCACUGGGACAAGGUCCGGACGAGCUCCGACCGCGACAUGGUCUGGGACCGGCUCAAGUCAAAUUCAUUCCAGUUGGAUGAGGAUAUGAUCGAGGUGCUAUUCAUGAACAAUUCGACAGCCGUGGCGCCUAGGAUGGACAACCCGAAGAAAGUCGGCAUGCCGCAAUUUAAGCAAGAGGAGAGAGUUCUUGACCCCAAGAAGGCACAGAACAUUGCCAUCCUGCUUCGCGCGCUGAAUGUCACUCUCGAGGAGGUUACGGAUGCGCUUUUAGAUGGUAAUGCUGAAUGUUUGGGAGCUGAACUUUUGGAGACCUUAGUAAAGAUGGCUCCAACCAAAGAGGAAGAACUGAAACUGCGAGAUUUCACUGGGGACUUAUCAAAGCUUGGUUCGGCAGAGCGCUUUCUUAAAGCAGUUCUUGAUAUACCGUUCGCCUUCAAAAGAGUUGAUGUUAUGCUAUACCGAGCAAAUUUUGAGAAUGAAGUGAAUUAUCUCAGGAAAUCUUUUCAAACGCUUGAGGCAGCUUGUGAUGAUUUAAAAGGCAGUAGAUUGUUCUUAAAACUCCUUGAAGCAGUGCUGAGGACAGGGAACAGAAUGAAUGUUGGCACAAACCGAGGUGAAGCCAAAGCUUUCAAGCUUGACACCCUCCUCAAGCUUGCAGAUGUCAAAGGCGCCGACGGUAAAACCACACUGCUGCACUUUGUCGUCCAAGAAAUCGUCCGGUCAGAGGACGCAAAAUCUGAAAAGGCUCCAGAAAACCACAUCACAAACAUCGCGAAAGUUGAACAGCUGCGUCGACAGGGCCUAAAAGUUGUGUCUGGGUUGAGCACCGAGCUAGGAAAUGUCAAGAGAGCAGCAACCAUGGACUUCGACGUGCUACACGGCUACGUAUCUAAGCUUGAAGCCGGUCUUGGAAAGAUCAAGUCAGUCCUCCAGCUCGAGAAGCAAUGCAGCCAAGGGGUGAAUUUCUUCGCGACGAUGCGUGAAUUUCUCAAGGAAGCUGAGCAGGAGAUCGAGCAAGUGAGGCACGACGAGAAGGCGGCACUCGGAAGAGUGAAGGAGAUCACUGAGUACUUCCACGGUAACGCGGUGAAGGAGGAGGCACACCCUCUGAGGAUAUUCAUGGUGGUUAGGGACUUCCUCUCAAUGCUGGAUCAUGUUUGCAGGGAAGUCAGCCAGCAGGACAGGACAUUUGUUGGGUCAGCGAGGUCCUUCCGUAUAUCAGCAGCAAAUGCAUUGCCGAUCCUGAACAUGCAAGGGCAGAAAGGAGGAAGAGAGAGUAGCUCUGACGGAGAUAGCCCGUCUAUGUAGGAAGAGGUCAGACUUCAGAAAGGGAGGCACUCUGCAUUUUUGGAAUGAACAGAACCACAGCAAUCUUUGAUAGAAGAAUACUUUGCCAGGACAGAUGAAGCACACAUGUAAUUUUGGUGAGAAGAAUUAUAGGUGAAAUCCUUUUGUAUAAUUAUGGAUGGUUCGAAUUCUUUUUUGUACAAAAUAAAUAAGUUCUUGCUGAGUAA